UUGGGGCGGUCGUCGGGGCGUCUCCGCCGCCGCCAUGGCCGGUUGUCGUCAGUCGCUGGCAGCGGGGCAUGGCGACGGCGGUGAAUGAAUUCCCCGGGCGGCCGAGGGAAGAAGAAGGGCUCAGCCGGCUGCGGCUCCGCGGCCUCCCCCUCCCCGCCGCCCGGGCCGGCUCCCCCCGUGCCGCCGGCGGGGGCGGCGGCGGCGGCGGCUGCGGCAGCAGCGGCGUCGUCCCCGUCCCGGUCCCGGUCGCGGUCGCCGCACAAGCGGAACCUGUACUACUUCUCCUACCCGCUCGUCGCCGCCUUCGCCCUGCUGCGCUUCGUCGCCUGCCAGCUGGGGCUGCUCCUCGCCUGGCUCUGCGAGCGCCUCUCCCGCGGCGCCCUCAUGGCCGCCAAGGGCGGCGGGGCCGCGGCCGGCGGGGCCGAGCCCGGCGGGGCGGCCGAGAGGGUGCGGGCCUGCCACAAGCGGGCCUUCGAGUGCAUCUCCGUGGCGCUGCGCAUCGACGAGGACGAGAGAGCAGGACAAAAGGAACAAGCUGUUGAAUGGUAUAAGAAGGGAAUUGAAGAACUGGAAAAAGGAAUAGCUGUCUUAGUUGUUGGUCAAGGUGAUCAGUGUGAACGAGCUCGACGUCUGCAAUCUAAAAUGAUGACAAAUUUGGCAAUGGCCAAGGAUCGCUUGCAGCUUUUAGAGAAGCUGCAGGCAGAUUUGCAAAUUUCCAAGCCGCAAAUGGAAGUCUAUAAUGACAGUACUAACCUGGCAUGCCGCAAUGGACAUCUCCAGUCAGAAAGUGGAGCAGUUCCAAAAAAGAAGGAUCCCUUAACACACACAAGUAAUUCCCUUCCACGUUCAAAAACUGUUGCAAAAACUGGAUCCACGGGCCUUUCAGGUCACCACAGAACACCUAGCUACAGUGGGAUAUCAACUGCUUCUGUGUCUAGACCAGCAGCGAACCCUACAACUUCAACUCACAAGGCUGUUCCUAAAAAUAGCAGAGCAAAUAAGCCUUCUACUCCUACCACUGCUGCUCGAAAAAAGAAAGAUAUGAAGAUAUUUAGAAAUGUGGACAGUAAUCUUGCCAAUCUUAUCCUGAAUGAAAUUGUUGAUAGUGGGCCAGCUGUCAAAUUUGAUGAUAUCGCAGGGCAGGAUCUGGCUAAACAAGCCUUGCAAGAAAUUGUUAUCCUUCCUUCUCUUAGACCUGAGUUAUUUACAGGACUUAGAGCUCCUGCACGUGGAUUGUUGCUGUUUGGCCCACCAGGAAAUGGGAAGACAAUGUUGGCCAAAGCGGUUGCUGCAGAAUCCAAUGCCACUUUCUUCAAUAUAAGUGCAGCAAGCCUAACUUCAAAAUAUGUGGGUGAAGGCGAGAAACUGGUGCGUGCCCUAUUUGCAGUGGCAAGAGAACUUCAGCCUUCUAUAAUUUUUAUUGAUGAAGUUGAUAGCCUUCUGUGUGAAAGACGAGAAGGUGAACAUGAUGCCAGUAGGCGUCUAAAAACAGAAUUUUUAAUAGAAUUCGAUGGCGUGCAGUCUUCUGGAGAGGACAGAAUACUUGUGAUGGGAGCGACAAACAGGCCACAGGAGCUUGAUGAUGCUGUUCUCAGACGAUUCACUAAACGGGUAUAUGUAUCUUUACCAAAUGAGGAAACAAGGUUGAUUUUGCUAAGAAACCUUCUAAGCAAGCAAGGAAGUCCACUGACCCAAAAAGAGUUGGCACAACUAGCUAGAAUGACAGAUGGAUACUCUGGAAGUGAUUUAACCGCAUUAGCAAAGGAUGCAGCGCUGGGUCCUAUCCGAGAAUUAAAACCAGAACAGGUGAAGAACAUGUCUGCCAGUGAGAUGAGAAAUAUCAAAUUAUCAGAUUUCACCGAGUCGUUGAAGAAGAUAAAGCGCAGUUUGAGCCCUCAGACCCUGGAAGCAUAUAUUCGCUGGAACAAGGACUUUGGAGAUACCACAGUGUGAAACACUACUUGCUGUGAAACAAAGUGCUGCCUGAGGAGCAAUUGGUACAGGCUACUGGAAAGCAAACAGUUUACAGGACUUUACAGAUAUUUAAGUAUCUGCAUUAAAACUUGAGAGUAAGAAGAAAUUAUACAAUGUGAAAUGUGUUCAUCAAAGCCUCCUUACCAUUUAGUGAGGAUUUACACACUGUAAGUAAGAGCACAGUAGGACUUGGGAUAAGAUUCCUAGCAAUCUGAUCAUAGUUUGAACAAUAAUUUAUGUAUUUUGUUUCAGCUAGAGGGCUCUGAUGAUAUUUAUCAUUGGAUGACCUUUUCCUCAUGUUCUGUGUGUUAUCUUUGUUUUUAAUUUUGCCAUGACACAUUAAUGUCUGGCUUUCUUCCUGACAACUACUAAUUUAUGGUUGGAUUUUUGUAAACUUCGGCUGUUUUUGACCUUUUUUUUUUACCCUUAAUGUGCCAAAUAAAACAAUUUCCCUAUGCAAAGAGGAAGAACAGCACUGGGAGAUUAAGAUUAUUAAAAUGUAAAAUGCAGCUGGUCUGUUAUUAUUUGUCUUUUUGUUUAGUUGUAAUGUGACUGCAUUGUUCACAGAACAGUUUUAAAAAAGACCUUUGAUAGCAGAACAGCAAAAAAGCGUAUAAAACCAGUUCAAACUGUUUUAAAAAAAAAGACUAAAUAAAAAAUA